AACCCUGCAUGGGUAGAGGCAGAGAGCAGCAGUGUAUCUGAGGGCCAUAUUCACAGACCGUGGACCAUGAUGACCAGAGCAUAUGUAUGCUCUUGAGAUACGUAGCUAGGGCAGAAAACUGUUCAGGAGCCUUUCUUUGUGUCUUUCUUGUAUCUUUCCCUUUGCUCCUAAUGCUCAAGGGGUCUGAACGGAACAACAGUACAACAUCUUAAAUAAAGGUGUUUACGUAACGUGCACUGAGAUAAAUAAAUCUGAGUGGCUUGGAGUGCUUAAGCAGUGUAUGGGUUGGAAAGAAGAGCUUUAAUGUCUGUGCUUAGCAAAUUUCAAAACAAUUUACAUAUGCAGACUUUGUUUCUUCUGGAGGUUGACCUUUAAGUAGAAAGUGAUAUGCAAUGUUAAUUAUUGCAGUGCUAGCUCCUCUCACUAAUUAAUGUUUGCAUAUUUUAGAAACUAAAGUGCUUGAGCUUUGUGUAGGACUAAUUUGUCUUGUAUUGGGUUACCCAUGAAUUGUACAUGUCAUUUUCACUCUGUGUAAUGAAAGAAAGACGCUGUUUUGGCCAGCCAAAAAGCAAGUAGAGAGAAGUUUAAUUUGACAAUUAUAUCCAAAAAUUGCGACUUGUGGGAAUUUUACAAAGUUUAGAUUUUGUAGUAAUUAAAAAUGACCUGGGGAGCAGUAGAUUAAAGUCUCUACCAUAAAUUAAGAUACAGGCAUAGACAACGCUAAUGGGAAUUGAUUAGAGCCUUUAUCUCAAUUCAGAAUGUAUUUUAUCUGUUGCUCUCGGUUGUUUUUAAUUACUACCUACAAUUUUGAAUCAUUCCACAUCCUUUUCUCUCACCCUGUAACUUUUUUUUCAAGCAGUUGAAAAUUUAAAAUAUAAAAGCUCAGUUCCUUUUGGUUUGAACGGAGGUUAAAUCAAGGCUCUUAAUCUAGUUGGUUUUAUUAUUUUGCUGCAAAGAACGGGUAUGGAGGAGCCACCUUUUUAGUGCAGUGCCUUGAGUUGUUACUAUUUAAACAAGCUCACCUUUCCUACAAACAAAUAAACGAAGUCCCUAAAUUUUCAAUUUCAGUUGCCUUUCAUGGCUGUAGAAAAUAACAGCUUGACAAGCAAUAUCCUGAAAUUGAAUUGCCCUUUAAAUUUAAUAUGCUCAGGCUCCCCUUUCAGACAGCCUGCUGGCUAAACGCAGCAUUGGCAGAUGCUCCCCUUAGCUCUCACUGAAUAUUGCUUGUCUUUUGCUGUGUUUUUUUGGGGGCUCUGGCUCCUCCAGGGCUCCUCCCGUUAUCUGGGUCUGUUUGGAACACUGCACCUGCACAGCGUGGCAAAGGUAGAGCAAGAUAUGUUUUAAAAAAUGGAAUGUGGUGGAGACAAAAUACUGCUAAUGCUUGUUCAGGUGGCAAGUUUCUUCAGCCCAGACAUAGAGGUGCACCCUGCAUGCUUACUGUGGAUCCCAGCUCUACCUGACCUGCCCAGAUGGGCAGGGGAGGAGGCAUAGGAAUCUGUCCAGAAGUCCACCUACGAAUGAUUUCAAAGUUGGUAUGAAACUGGAAGCCCACGAUCCUCGCAACGUUACCUCGGUUUGUAUAGCCACAGUAAUUGGAAUCACUGGUGCCAGGCUGAGGUUGCGGCUUGAUGGAAGUGACAACAAAAACGAUUUUUGGAGGCUUGUGGAUUCCUCGGACAUACAGCCCAUUGGGACCUGCGAAAAGAAAGGGGGCAUGCUCCAGCCUCCACUCGGAUUCCAGAUGAAUGCAUCUUCUUGGCCGAUGUUUCUCUUAAGAACUCUAAAUGGAGCCGAAAUGGCACCCGCAGCGUUCUUCAAGAAGGAACCACCAAAACCUGUGACAAACUGCUUUAAAGUUGGAAUGAAACUUGAAGCUAUAGAUAGAAAGAAUCCAUACUUGAUUUGCCCAGCAACCAUUGGAGAUGUGAAAGGAGAUGAAGUUUUUGUUACGUUUGAUGGCUGGAGAGGAGCGUUUGACUAUUGGUGCAGAUGUGAUUCUCGAGAUAUUUUCCCAGUUGGAUGGUGUAGCUUGACAGGAGAUGCAUUACAACCACCAGGGAACAAUGUUUCCAUUACAAAGAGCAGUGCAAAAAUCCAAUCUUCCCCUUCCAAAGUGACCCGGCGUUCAAUGCAGUCUCCACAGAAAUCUGCUCCAGUACCAGCACAGCGAGGCAGGAAACCAGGUCGGGGCAAACCCCCUGGACAGUCUGCAGUUCCCAAGAAGGGCAGGUCUCCUAAAAAUAUUCCCCUGACCAAAAGCACCUCUCAUACUGAGAAUCUUAAAACAAGGAAAAAAAGUUUAAAACCGGGAAAAAAGAAAAAAAUCUUCCCAGAACAACUGUCUUCUGCACCACCUUCUCCUCUUUCUUCUCCUGAUGGGGACAGUGGCACUACACAGAUACCUAAAGAUGGAGUUAGUUUAUCUGGUGCAACUGCAGCAGUUAUAUCCACAGUGUGUGUUUAUGUCAACAAGCAUGGAAAUUCUGGGCCUCACCUGGAUAAGAAGAAAGUUCAGCAGCUUCCAGAUCACUUUGGGCCAGGUCCUGUCAAUGUGGUACUUCAGCAGGCUGUACAGGCUUGCGUGGAUUGUGCUUACCAAUCCAAGACUGUCUUUGGAUUUCUGAAAUCUGGCCAUCACGGAGGGGAAAUGAUAACUGCUUCCUUUGAUGGGGAGAAGCACGCCAUCAAUCUUCCUUCUGUAAACAGUGCGUCGUUUGUCCUACGUUUCUUGGAAAAACUCUGCCACAGUCUGCAGUGUGAUAAUCUUUUCAGUAGCCAGCCCUUCAGCCCUUACAUGGGAUGUGCACAUAGUCCUACGGAGUAUGAUAGGAACAAACCAGCAAAAGAAGAAAUACCUGAAAACAGAAGCGCAAAACGAUACUCUCAGGACUCUCCACCAUAUACUGCUCCCCUUUCCCCUAAACUUCCCAGGAAUGAUGCUCAUCCAUCUGAAGCGGAAACGUUGCCUAUAGAAGAAAACAGCACUUCCAAAGAACAUCGCUUUUCUGAGGACUCUAUGGAUUCUGCACUUAAUUCAGUAAAUCCUUCAAGCCCAACCUGUCGAAAUUCCACUGAAUAUCGUUCUUCAGGGAGCACAGCAUACUACAGAAAUUCCUUCCAGCCAGUGACUGCUACCUCAAAUUCAGCCCCUGUCCUGCGCCGGCUCUCCUUGAGCUCUGCUGGGAACAGCAGUUUCUAUGAAGUCAGUAGGAAUCGAAUACAGAGGAGGAUUGAAGCUGCAAGUUCCACAACUGGACCGGACCUGAAUUCGCUAAAAAGGGAACCUUCAAGAACGUUGAAUAAGGAUCCUUCCACCUGGUCAAUAGAGGAAGUAAUGCGUUUUGUGAAAGAAGCUGAUCCGCAGGCUCUAGCUCCACAUGCAGAACUCUUUAGGAGACAUGAAAUUGAUGGGAAGGCACUACUGUUACUGAGGAGUGAUAUGAUAAUGAAAUAUAUGGGACUGAAGCUGGGGCCUGCCCUAAAGCUGUGCUACCACAUUGAAAGACUUAAACAAGGAAAGUACUAGCCAAUGGGGAUACCACGAAGUGUGCGUUCCUAUCACACUAAGCUCUCAGGUUAACAGCCAUCACCUUUAUUUAAAAGUGUUUUGUCGCAUAAAUCAUCUGUAUUUUUUGAAGGUUCUCUCAAAAUGUGAAAAAGACGUCUAGGAUAAAGAGGGGAAGAAGAAAAUUGGUAUUACAUUCUAGUGUUUUGUGAACUGUUUCAGAAAGUUUGCAGGGAAGGACUGGCCUGUUGGUCACACUGGCUGGGGAGCAGGUUGGGUAACAGUGCUGAAAAGCACAUUUAUUCUCUGUUGCAGACUUCAGCCCCAGUGCAUUUGUGUUCAGAACCAAAACAGCUGAAUCCCAAAGGAAAAACGAAAACAAAAACAGCAUCAGGUGUUAAUAAUUUUUACAGGGGUGGCUGUAAACUUUUACAUUGCGAGGAAAAUGUAAAAGAGAAGAUCUCAUCUCAGUAGUAAAUACUGUGCCUGGUCCUCCAGCAGAGUCAUACUCAGCUAGGUUGUUCUUCAUAGAUUUCCAUAAAGGGAAUAGCCAUAUGAACAGUUUGGGGGGGGGAGGGGGGGGGGAAGUGUGGGGAGGGCAGCGUUGUGGAGAAGAGGGUUUAAUACAAUAUAAGCUUUUAUAAAGUGAUUAUCAGUCCUUUGGAAGGUUACGAGGACAAAUGUACGGUGUACUGUCAAUUUAUGCCGGCGAUAAUAGUUCUGUUUUAUGGAAGAUCAUAUUGGCUGUAUAAACAGCCAGAUCUGGGCCCGACAGAUUUGACUGGAACAACGCAUCCACGUUCUAAACAUUCCAUCUUUUUGCUAAGUUUGGCAUGGAUAUGUGUGUUCAUGCUUUUAUCUAUACACGUGUAUGUGUCAGGGAAAUGCAUACUAUAUAUCUAUGAAAAUACACAUACACACUGUACAUGUGUUCAGUCUUUAAUAUGUACUUUGCACUGUGCCAGAGAGAACUGUACAAUUUCUUGUUUGUUUUUUUUUUACCGGUAAUUUUGGUCACGUACUACUUUCAUAUUCAUUAGCACCUGUUUAAUUUGUUGUCCGUUCCUGGAGUCGGAAGGUGACAAACAAUCAAAGGGUGGAUUUACUCCUACAGGCAAAAUCCCCGUCCUAUGCAAUACUCCUGGUUAUUCAUCACUGAACUCUGAGCCAUGUGUUCUGGUGUAUUUCUGAAAACACUUCUUUGGUUCUGAUGUUUUGGGCUUACGUUUCCUUUCAGGAAGUGCUACUGUGUAAUUGAUAAGCCUGUUUAGGGUAAAACUGGUGCUGUUUGUGUAAGCUGCAAGAACCAGCGGUGAUAACGAACCAGUUUGUUGUCACUGCUAAUUGUAAUACACAUCAGGGAUAAGAAAAUAUGCUUUCUGCGUAGGAAACUGAAUGUACUGUAUGUAAUAGUGCAAGUGAUGAAAACUGUUUGCUAAGGAAGAUGUAGUCCUAAAUUGGUAGGUUUUAUUAUAUUUCUUACUGCCUUUUUAUAUGAAACUAUAUAGUAAGAAUGUAUUUUUUA